UUUGAAGUUCCUUGUAGCACUGCAAAGUCGAAUUCUCCAGGUAGAAAGAAUUAAGGAAUAUCAGACGAUAUUAUAAUCUUACCAAUCGUACGGCGAAAUGACAACCGCUCAGGCCCAAGAACGAAGCUGGCAGUGUGAUAAAUCACUGGUCGAGUGUCUGAAUCAUCUUUUCACUUCCGGUAUAGCAUGUGACGUCACGUUCCUGGUUGGAGAGAGCAAACAUAGGAUUCCCGCACAUAAAACUAUUCUAAUCAGCAGAAGUCCUGUAUUUUACGCCAUGUUUGAGGGAAAUCUAGCCGAAAAGGGCGAAAUAGCAAUUCCGGAUAUUGAACAAGAGGUGUUCACAAUGUUUUUGUGGUAUCUGUAUACAGACACAAUAGAACUGACCGUCAACACCGCAACCUCUGUCCUGUCAGCUGCGAGGAAAUACAUGGUGGACCGUCUUGUCAAAAACUGCGAAACCUUCCUGAAGAGUUCUCUUACUACCGAAAAUGUAUGUCUACUAUUGGAACAAGCCCAUAUUUAUACGGAGGAAGGCAUUAAGGAGGACUGUGUUAAUAUGAUCGCAAGAUCACCAGAAGAAGUGCUGAAGUCUACCAGUUUCGUUGACCUGUGUGGCGUCUGUGUGAAGAGUAUCACAGAGCCGGACGACUUAGCGGUGGAGGAGAGCGUGGUGUACGAGGCGGUGAUGCGGUGGUCAGAGGCGGAGUGUGGACGUCAGGGUCUGGAGGUAACGGAUACAAACAGACGGGAGGUACUAGGGGACAUAAUCUACACAGUCAGGUUCCCCAUCAUAGACGCCAAGUAUUUAUCACAGCAUGUCAUUAUGACUGAUGUCCUGACGUCAGAACAAUUAGUGAGCGUCAUGAGGUUUCAACAGGACAACAAAGCAUAUCACUGCACAGAAUUCAGCGUGAACCAACGAAAAGUUAGAGAACCGAUAAAAGGAAUAUUCGAAUGCAUAAGCAGAUUUACGGGUACGGUGAGCGGUUUCUGGAAUACACGGGGUGUUAAAGACAGUGACUCCAUAUCUUUUGUUGACAUGUUCCUGCAUGGACUGCAGCUUUAUCAGACAGAUCAGAAUGUUAUAAUAGGAGUCUACAGUCCGGGUGGUCACAGUCUAUAUAAGGAAUCUCACACGGUGUUAACAAAUGAGACACUGUGUAAUACAGAAUUCCAUCACAUCAUCAAAAUAACACGAGAUCAUACCUAUACUGUCGUCUUAUACGGAGGAGUACGCACCAUGGCGUACGGAGAGCAGGGUUUUAGCACGGUGAAAUGCCGUGAUGGACAAAUCCGAUUCAUGGCCAGUUUAUUAUUUCCAUGUAGAAAUACAACCGUCGAUAGAGGUCAAAUUCCACGACUGUUGGUAUCUUUCUAAGUGUUAUUCCCCGAUAGCCGAGUAAAUUUAACCUCUCAAGUACAACAACAGUCUCAGGACCGAUGUAGAUUAAAGUAAAGUAACUAGUAUUAACAAAUCGACAUUAAAGCUGAAAAUAUAUGUAUUUAUGACAUCGUUAGUUUCCUUCACCAAUCGUUAUAUAUCUCCCGCGAGCAUUGAAGGGUGAUACUUAAUGACUAUGUCCUUAACACAUUAAAUGCCAAAGGAAUGGGUUAAAACUGUGGAACAGGUUAUUCUCUCGAGGUUAAACUCUAUAUAUACUAGUUGAUUAACAAAGGGCCAUAUAACUGUCAUAAAAUUCAACGCAACAUCGCCAUACGUUAUCAUCCUCAUAUAUUGCCAACAAAUCUACCAGUACCAGAUCUGAAAUGAUUUGCCAGGAAAUGGACUAAUUGUGGUCACAAUGUAUAAUACAAAGAGGACUGUCGGAUGGACUGAUGUCACAAACACAGUUAUAAAACAAUACGCUAACUUUGGCAGACGUAUCAGACAACAAGGCUGAUUUAAAAGUCAUCGAGUUGCACCGGGUUGAUUAGAGAGUUAUCGAGUUGUUCUGAGUUCCUAAGACGUGCUCAAUACUUCUACUGUUACCAAGUGUAUAAUUGUUACAAAUGUUACAAUGAAAGCACUGAAAGCAUUAUCGUUAUCGUAAUAUCAUUAAUGAAUACAUUCAUUACCAAAGUUGUUUUACAUGAAGUACCAAUAUCUUUUUUAUAAUUUUAAUAUUAUAAUAUGUGUCUUCAGCGUUCGAAAUAAUUUCCCCACGUGUGUUGAAGGGAGCUGAUCCUUGACUUUGUCCCUUUACUCUGCGUGUCAUCAUUUAGUGUGCUGCCAGUAUUUAUGUAUGAAACAUGCAGCAUAUUGUUACAUUUAUUCCGUUGUCGAAAUGUUUACUUAAUGUAAUAUAGUGAUUGGCUUCACUUCCAUAAUAAUAAUAAAAAAAUAUAAUGCUAAACAUUUGUCAUGAUACACUUAUUCUGACUAAUUUGUGAGACUAAUUUUGACAAAACAAUUCCUUUGAACACAUAUACACGGUAUUAUUCACAAUUGGAGUUACAACAGGUACAUCGCGUUUCAGCCUAUGGUAGCAUACAUCUGUACCGACAAUUAUACAGUUAGAUCUUCUUAUCUUGCUAUCUUUUGUCUAGUGACAUUUUGACUUAUUACAAAGGGUUUAAAUUGGGCGAUAAAUUGAGGGAAACAUAAAACGGAAGUCUUAAGAAGAGAACAAUAAAUGGUUCCUGAAUGUUUUGACGUUGAGAUAAAGGGAACCGUUUUAUCAGUUGUUAUUGCGAAGAAGAGUUUCACUCAGGUUGCAUAUAUUUAUGACUUGGAGAAGUCUUCCCUCUUGAUAUAAUAUGUAGCAACUAAAGUUUUUUUCUGACAUUAAGUAGCUUCCCUUGUCGAGUGUUUUAUAGGCUUUGCAGCCCAUUGAUUGGACACAUUUAUACUACAUUUUUAAGAGAUGAUUAAAUUGAUAAUGCAUUUGUGUUUCCUUUUUAAUUCUUUUCUCAAACAUUCCAUU